AUGUCUAUGCGCACUUUUUACCGCUCGUUCAGCACAACCCUCGCUCUGGCGUCGAAAUCCAUCUCCAAUAGAGUCAUCAUCCCACCUUCAUCGCCGUUCAACGGUCCUGUCCAGAAGAGUGAGUAUAAGCAACUGCCUCUGGACUCAGAUUUCAUCGAAAAAUCAUACAAUGAGCUAGAGCAGUUCUCUACUGACUUUCUUCAGAAACAUCUCAAGAAGUCAUACUCGGACUUCGAAAAUCAUCCUGACCAAUUAGUGUUCGAGCUGGAAAAAUAUAUCGAACUACACGUGAUUCCUCGCCACAGCGUAUCCUCUGGCCAGAUGGUCAACACCGGAAAUCGUGUACUUCCCAUGGUGUAUUGUAAAAGCAUGAGCGACAAGCUUGUAAUCGAGCGCUUUUUAGAUUUUUGUAACGGCGUCAAACUGACCCUUCGUCUGAAUGGUGGUCAUACUUGUAUCUUUGACAUUCUUUUACAGGGUAAGGCUGCCUUUGAUCAAUUUGAAAAGAGAAACGCGUCUAAUUAG